CAUUGGUUAUUCAUUGGAGAUCUACCUUACAUGCAUGUAGGCCUCCAUCAUCUUCUACAUGUACAGUACAUGUAUGUACAUGACUUGAAGCUGCUUUGUUACAUGAUCGUGUGUUGGAGUAUUGAAGCCAUUAUUUUGUGUCGGCUACAUCUUGAAUCAGGGUAUCAUAAAGUGGAUUCAGUGCUCAUCUACACUACGUGACUAUACAGGCUGGAAGUAGCAGAAGUGGCAUUCACCUUACUCUCAUUGUGAAAGAUUUGAGCAUGAGGUACUUCUGGACUUGAAACUGGACAUAAAAGGAUUCCCAUCGCCAAAGGAAAACAAUUCACCUCAAGUAUUAAUCCAGGAUUACCUGUCCUCCGUUAUUGUGCUUUCGUUUAAAAACUUCCCAAAAGGUGUGCGAUGGAUUGUUGAAGCUGUGUAUAACAAUGACAGUGGCGUGGGCCACCUCUAGAAAACCAAAUGGAAAAUGGGAACUACCUGGACAAGAUUGUGAUCGAGAGCUCGUUGCGUCGUUCCUGGAUGCCGUCAGGAGACGUGUACGACUACAUCUUCAAGGUGUUGGUCAUAGGUGACAGCUAUGUGGGCAAAACUGCCCUCAUCACCAUCUUCUCGACGGGGAGGGCGUCCCCCUACAGAGACUAUCAAACCACUAUUGGUAUUGAUUUCAAGAUUAAAACGGUAGAACUCAAUGGUAAGAAGAUCAAAUUACAAAUAUGGGACACGGCCGGACAGGAGCGAUUUCACACGAUUACCACAUCCUACUACAGAGGGGCCAUGGGCAUCAUGCUCGUCUACGACAUCACGCAAGAGAAGACCUUCGACAACAUCGCAAAGUGGCUAAGGAACAUUCAAGAACAUGCGAAUGAAGAUGUAGAGAAGAUGUUACUAGGCAACAAAUGCGACAUGGAUGACAAGAGGAUGAUCAACAAGGACAGGGGAGAGACGAUUGCAAAGGAGAACGGAAUCAAAUUCAUGGAGACGAGUGCUAAGGCAAACAUCAACGUUGAACAGGCUUUCAUGACACUGGCAGCAGACAUCCUAAAGAAGUACCCUCAGAGGGAUACAGGCUCACCCGGCGUCGUCAAACCCGAUAUGAAAGAGGGAAGCAGUUCUGGAUCGAAAUGUUGUCCUUAAGAGCGAGGGGGAGCCGACGACUCGACGCCCCCCUCACCCCCUGUUCAUCUAGCUUCAAUGAAUAUGUCCUCGCAUUGUGGUAAAACAAGACCGAGCGACACACGUCAAAGAACUUUUUAUUGAAUCAACGAUGAUGCUUUCUUUGUAAUAUAAUAACAAAUAUUCCUAUUCUCUCUUGUUUAUCUCAUUUUUUAUUUCUUCCUUCCGUCGAUGAAGACCUGAAUGAUAUCCAAGGCCUGUUUGGGAUCCAGCGUAGGGGCACCAAGCAGCGCUUUUAGAUAGAGAACCCUAGUAGAAAUUAUCAAAAGGGAAUUUGAUGCCAGCUGUGUUUUGCAGGCUUGAAUUGAUUAUCCGUCUUAACGACUAAUGAAAUGAACACUCCGGCUCUUUGUAAUGGAAUUUUAACUCACUUUCUCUUGACACACAUCUACAUGUGUCACUUUAACAGCAAGAAAGGAUAAAUUUAUUUGAAUUAUAUUUGUAUUAUAACACUAAUGAUUAUAUUCAUCAGUAACUUUCACCUAAUGAUAAAUAAUUUCUGUUCAGAAAUUUCUCUCAUAUUAAAGGGAUAUAUAUUUUCAUUUAUUUAAUCAAACUUAAUUUGGCAAGGAACCCUUCAGGAUAUGAAAAUUUAAUUCCAAACUCAGAAAUGGCAUGUUAUGCUACCAAAUAGAAUUUUGAGCUAUGACAGUUGUCCAUACACAUGUAAUAAGUUGCACAAGUUUUUAUGGCUCACCUUAAAAAGAAAAUCUCAUGGAAUUUUGUAAGGCAUUGUAGAGUAAGAUUGUUGACUCGUCGAAUUAACAGAAUCCUACGAAAGUGAUUGAGAUAAGCAGCUGAAAAUGCAAAUGCUGAUUUAAAGCCUUAUGGCUCUAACGUCAAAUCGAUUAUCACGCUUGUAUUUUAAUUAGAGCACGUCUCUGUAGAACCCUGAUAAAGGAUUACCUGAACUAGCAACAAGUAAUUCUAAGAACACAUGUUCAAGAUAGUUGGAUAGACCAAGACCAGUAUGUACAUGGCAAUUUCUGAUAUAUUUGCAUUAAUGUACCGUGAAUCUUGCAAACCAAGUGAAAGACGAAAUUGCGUCUAAGAUGUUUGGUCAAUAUAUUUCUUUAUAGUUCAAUUGCCUCAUGUGGUGUUCAAGCAGCUAAAUUAUUAAAGUACCUACUGAAUUUCAAUUGCUAUAGAUAUUAAUAAUAAUAAUAAUAAUAGUUCGUCCUUAGAGUUGACAAACAACUUACAAAAGAAAUGUUAUUCAGGCUAUUUUCUUCUUUAAUUGAUAUAUUGUUCAGAUCAUGCAAUACAAAGGAAAAUGAUACAGAAAUUGUCCUCUCCAGGUAAAUUGCCUUGCUUUUCUUUCAAAAGUCCAAAAUAACAAAUUCACACUUUUUGAAUGUGCAUUAUUAAAGCAAUGAUAUAAAUCCGUUUUGAGAGUAUUGAACAUAAGAUUCUCUCCAUUGCAUUGGAAGCUAGAUCGUCGGAAAGAAAGGAAGAGAGGAAAGAAAUUGAAGAGCAGUUGCAUAAAAAAGGACCAAUUGGAAAGUGAUACAAUGUACUUAUCAUUACUGUUAUGAUGCGAUCACCAAAUCGAUUGACAGAGCGUCUGAGAAGAUCGUAAAUUUUCUCAAUCUCUGAGUUUAAAUCAUUGUAGAUCAAUGGUCGCAAUGUCGGUACGUGUACAAACCCGUGGCAAUUCAUUUCCCUUUUGUGUUGUUUGCCGUAAUUUCUGUUAUUUAUUGUUUUAUUUUAUUUGCAUGAGUGAUUUUCUACUGUGCAUUAGUUUGACUUUGUAUCAUUUUAAAAGUAGGGUUUGACGAAAUUAGAACACUGCUUAUGAUUCUUUUUUUUAAACCUUAGAGAGGGAACAGAUGAGCUGAUUUUGUAUAGAUGAAAAAAACAAAGAAUUUAAUGAAGAUAUAAUGAUAUAAUAAUACUAUCAUUGUGUGUCUUAUGGAGCGUGUAAACAUUAUGGCAAAGCUGAUAAAAGUGUACUUGUGGUUUCAUGUCAAGCUUCGUUCAUACUGGACGCUCUAAACCGCCUCAAAAAUACUAAAUCAUGCUUCAAAGCGCAAGAAUUUUACAUGUAAAUGAUUUACGAUGAGGGAUGUAGAAACAGUAGCUAUGUGCCCCUGUGCAUGCUUCCUUAUGUGCUUUAAGAUACAGGAAUGUUAAGCAUGCAGUGCUUAUGGCGUUUCAUUUUGCUGCAGUGACGUUUUUGAGGCGGCUUACUCGGCCACGUGUGAACGGAGCUAAAGAAUAGCGCUAGGAUAGACAUAGGCUCUCUGUAGUGGUUGUGAUAAAUACUAAAGAUUUGAAUUGUGCAAGGUGUAAUAUUCUAAUCAAUGCGAUGAUCAGCCUCCGUAUAAAUCAGAGCUUUGCACAAUGUAGAUGUAAGCCUCACGAUGUUAGAUGUAGUGUAAAGUCUUCCCCCGGCAAUGAUGACACAGAAAUGCUAACUUCCCCACUUCAGCUUCACAAAUUCACACAAAUGUAAAUGCGCCCACUUGUGGCAGAAGUAAGUCCAUUGCAAUGCACUCACAUGACCAAUGUCCCUAGAAUAGGAUGUAAAAGUAUUGGAUAGUGUAUGAUACAAAUAAUGGGAGCACAUCAAUUAGCAGUAGUACAUGUACAUCUGUUUUUAUGCAGUGAUGCCCUUAUCAAAGGCAUGCAACAUAAAUCUGGUAAUAUAAAUCGAAGAAUUAUUUACUAUCGAUAUAUCUAAUUACUAAACUGAAUUUCAGAUAUUAAAAGAAAUUACAGGCAAUAAUGACAUUAUAUCAUCAAUGGAACUUGAAAUAGUUGAUCAUUUCUGUAAGUACAUGUACUGACAGGGGUUUCAAGUUUGAGAUUCAGGGGCAACUUAUUGAAUUCAUAACUACAGGAAAUUUGUGAAUAGCCAUAAUCAACUUUGCCGAUGUAUGCUUCAUUAUUUUUCUUUUUGAUAACAGUUUAUUUGGCCCAUUAUUUACUGUUUUCCAGCUGUAGUGCAUUAAGAGACUUGUUGGCCCUCUAAAUAGAAAUUCUAACCUGUAUGAAAAUUUGUUUUUCUAAGUCGAAAGGCAGUCUUCACGACACGUGGUAGUUAGGUAGUUCUCAAACAAACAAAAAACAAAUGAAAAAAGAAAAACCUCAAAAAGAGCUGAAUUUAUGUACAAAAUACCUUCUCUUUGCCUAUAUAUGGAAUGAUUUUAAGCAAUUAUAAUUAAGUUAAUUAUUAUUAUGAUAUAUGUAUGUAUUGUACACUUGAGUUAUUUUCCAAUUAUUAUUCCACUCCUCAACAGAAUGCAUGUAGGUGUAUCGGUGUAUGUGUAUAAGUAGUGGUGGGUCAAAAAAUAUAAAUGGUGCAUACGUGUACAGUACAAGUGACUUUGAACAAAAGUUAAUGCAGUUUGCCAAGUUUCUGAACCCACGUGGGACUAAUCUAAUUUCUGUAUGAUGUGUAUUUGGAAUGGGCUUGGGCCUUGUUCACACGUGAUGGGUUAGACUGGGUCAAAGCGCUGCUGCGGCAAGUAUAAAUCAUUUUACAUGCAAAUGAAUAGCAAUUGAGGGUAGAAAAGCUGUGCGCAACAAAUGCCUUGCUGAGAUCUAAGUGACUUGUGCUUAUCUGGACAAGUCUGGAAGUUAACGCUUUUUUAAAUCAUGGAGAAAUAUGCCAUUUGUUGCAGCUGUUUUUUGAGGUGGCUUAUUGCAUCAAAUGUGAACGAGGUUGUAGGGUUAAAUAACAAAUGGAUAAAGGGCAAAUAUCUAUGCAUAGCAAUGGGAUUGGUAAUGGUAAAAUAACAAUAAUGAGAUUUAACAACUGAAUUAGUAAAGACAAGUUAUAAUGAAGUAUUUCCUUUGAUAAACACAAGUCUGAUGGUUAUGAGAUAUGUCGCUCAAUGUUCCUUGAUAGUUGCGGGAGGUUUAUCUGUUAUGGCAACAUCGAUACAGGUGACCAAAUGGGGAUAAUCAACAAAAGAUAUGAAGCUAUGGUGUUGUAGCAUGCUCAAAUGCAAAUUUACAAACGAUAGAGGAAUAUGGUAGCAUGCAAUUGCAUAUACAUUGUACCUAUAUAGGUUUCAAUUAACAGUAUGUUUUCCUGCUUCUAUCUUUGUCAAAUCCAAAGUAAAACAAAUGCAUACAAAGCCAUA